GAAAGUUUCUUCAUCGAAAGGAUGUCGUGGAAGGAAUUUCCUCUGUAGAUGUCAUCGUGAUGUUUAACUUCAUCCUCGGAGGAAAAGGGACAAAGGAGUGGUGCAUUAUUACAUAAAGUGGGUGACUUCACCUCUCAGUGCAUCUCACUCCUUCAUCUGUUCGUCGCUUCAUCUGCAGCUUGACCAGCUCUCCUGCUUGUCAUCAAAGGUACGACAGCAUGGCGACGUCCGACGGCUUUCCAGCCAGUUUCUACGGGGAACCGGGAGUCCUGGGCAUGCUGUCCAAUGGGAUCAGCGCAUUCCUCGUGCUGCUGCAGAAUUUUAACUCCGCUCGUACCGGCGUGGCUCCAGCAGGGGUAGAGAACAUCCUUGCAGGUGUUCAUCUCAUCCUGAUCGGUGGUCUAUGCCAACUGGUGGCUGGGCUGCUUUCCUUCAGGAAAUACGAUCAUCUAAGCGGCACUGCCUUCAUUGGCUAUGCCGCUCUUUGGGCCAGUUAUGGUGCAACCAGAAUCUAUUUUGGUUCUUUAGCUGAUAAUCAAACCACCACAUUUACGCACCUAACAAUGAACAACACAUCCCUGACUACUAAUGUGACAGGCAACAUGUCACUGUUCCUGUCUCUAGAAGAGUCGGCCAUUGCUGGUCUGGUCCCCUACAUUCUCCUGUCCUUCCUCCUAGCCUUCUGCUCUGCCACACUCAACUACAUCAUGCCAUUUGUGUUCGGCGCCAUCACAGCCACCUUAGUCUUUGAAGCCGUCGGUGUGCUUGGGGCUUCCUGGGCCCUUGUGGUCUCCGGCGUUCUGGAGCUCCUCAUCCUGAUCUUCGCCAUCUACGGUUCCGCCGCGCUGCUCCUCAAAGGCCUGAGUCAGCGUCUAGUGCUGAGGGGCUUCGGCACCCCCCUCUUUAACGUUCUGCUGUUGGGAACUGCCCACUCAGCAAGAGCUCAGAGCAUCGGACAGGAGAAGAAGAAGAACACCAAAUAUGCAGAGCCGAUGGCCUUGGGUUUCUUCUGCGACACCGUGUCCUCCUUCAUCUUCGCUUUCUACAGCUUUGGGUACAUGAAGUCGUUUGGUUUGGGAAGCGCCUGGGUCUCCAUCAUUGCAGUGGCUCAGCUGUUUUCCAGCUACUACGCCCACUUGCGCCACGAUUGCUACCACACCACAAAGUUUGGUCUUCACGCAACCUAUUGGCUGAUCAAAGCCUGGGAUGAGUUUGUGGUGUCUGCAGUGGUUGUGGGAGACAGUAGAGUGGUCUCAGCAAGAGAAGCCAUGGUGGGAAACUGGUUCUUCGUGCUGGCCAGCUUAGUGCUCUGCGUGGGCAGCCUGAACAUGGACGCCCUAGAACUGAUCCAUAACAUGCUUUACGUCCUGCUCACUGUCUCCACAAUCCCCCAGAUCCCUCAACUGGCUUACUACACCUUCUUUGGUGUAGCGUGCUCCCUGGUCACUGCAGCCUCCCUCUAUGGCACCUUCUCACGUCUCAUUAACACCAUAGCAGAGAAGUCUCUCAUCCCCGUGGGCCCACAGCCCGUGUCCACUGAUCGGAUGAAGACAGUUCUGAAGGGCUGCUGGUGUAAACAGGGGGAAAUGGAGGCCCCGCCUCAAACUGACCAGGAUUCAGACGCUUUGUUCUACCUUUUGAAUGGAGUUGCCGCCCUCUCAGCCCUCCAUGCAAGUGAUUCUAGCACUAAUCCUGCUUUCCUACAACUGACUGUCCCUUGGGUUGUCAUCUCUGGAGCUAUUGUUCAGAUUUACGUCAGCCGGCUACAGGUCACAGGAGGUGGCCGGUUCGGAUCCGUCAUCUCCUCCAUCUAUGUAGCAGUAUGGGCGACCUGGACAUGGUUUAGAUUUGCAGGUUAUUCCCUCCAGCUUCCUGCAGAGGCAUCGUACGGGUUCACAGCAGGAGUCACUGCUCUUCUGGUUAUUAAUGCUUUCCUCAUGCUAAUUGCUGCCUACAGAAACUUAGUUUUGCUGUUUCUAACAACAAUCAUGGAGGUAGUUCUGGUCUGUCUCCUGCUCUCCACACUGGGUCGACUACCAUAUCAGCUAGAGAUGGCCAUGCUCGCCCUCCUUUCCAUAAUUUCUGCAUAUGGAGCUCUGGGAUCACUUCUCAACUGCAACUUCUCACAGCGGCUGCUGCCUAUGGGCCCUGCUCUCCUGAAGGAGAAAUUUAAGCAGGAGUCUGCGGCAGAGUCUCCAUGUACAGUGGCAAACUCGCGACACACCAGUGGCCUUUUGAAGAUCGCCGGCCUUCUGGAAGAAGGAGGAGUGUGUGGUAUUCCCACAGACACAGUGUACGCCCUGGCUGCCUCAUGCAAGAAUCCUCAGGCUAUAGAGAGAAUCUACAACAUUAAAGACAGACCAGCAGAGAAACCCAUCUGUAUCUGCAUCUCCAGUCUCGAGCAGCUGGUACUGACCAAGCCUCCCUUCAGUCCUCUGCUCUGGGAGUUUAUGAGGAAUGUGUAUCCUGGAGGCAUCAGCUGCAUUGUCAGCAAAGGAGACUGGUUGACCAGACUAGGUGUGGGGCCAGCUUAUGAUCGGGUUGGAACCAAGGACACCAUCAUGAUCCGGGUCCCUGACCACACAGUGACUGCUCACCUAUGUAACAUCACUGGACCCCUGGCCAUAACCUCAGCCAAUCCCAGUGGAGAAGCAGACAGCACCCACCACAGCAUGGUCAUCAACCGACUUGGACACAAGAUUCAAGGGGUUCUGUGCGAUGGAGACUCAAAUGAACUUUGUGCUUCUACUGUUAUCAAUUGCCUGAAAAUUGAUGAAGGGACCAUCACCAUUGUGCGUGAAGGCUGUGUUCCCUCACUAAAAAUCCACCAGAUCUUUGACAGAGUAAAAAGCUCCAUGGUGUGAUUGUUGGGUUCUUUCUUCUCAGGCUGUAGCAUUUUCAAUGAAAAAAAAUCCUCAUAAACACUAAAUAAAAACAGUGUGACCCUAAGACGUAGUGUUGCUAACACAUUCAUAAAAGUUGAGGUCAACGUCAAACUGGAAUCACUAUUAGUGGCUUCAAAUGCUUUUAAGGAGCAGAAAAUAUGUUAUUUUACAUGAAGGAUGACCUAAUGAAGGAAAACAUGUGGAGAACUUUAGUUUUAUAUUAAUAAAAUGUGAAAGUUUAAAACCUUGUAUAAAUGUAUUUAAAGAUUUAAGGUUUAAGGAAUUUUAACAUUAGUCUUUGUUUUUGUGGAGUUGAAACAGAAAUUAUAUGCGGCAUAAAAUCACUGUACAUUAUUAAACUGAAAUAAACGUGAAAUAAAUAGAAAAAUAUUGUGUAUUCAAUAACUUUAAAUUAGCCAUAUCUGCCUGCAAAUUUGCGUUUUUCAAUUUGUACAUUUUAAAUAAGUUAUGAAUUAACAAAAGAUGGUGUAAAAUGUAUUCAUACACACAGUUACUUUCAACUAUGAACUAAUAA